CUGGCAACGCCAAGUGUCCACUAACAUGUAAAAAACGAAAUUGCAGACAAAUUCUUGCCCUUAAUUAAGGUAUAUAAUAUAUAAUGACGCCUCGUAAUUGCCGUACCUGCGGCAAGUUCAUUUUCUGUUCGACGCCUAAGAAUCUCUUUCAGGAGCCCGAUUCUGUAACGCUGCAUCAGAUCGAGGUUUUAACGGGAUUGUUUUUAGUGAAGGGAUCAAAGGACGAGCUACCCGCCUUUAUAUGCGCAUUCUGUGAACUGGACCUGCGGGUUGCGGUUUCCUUCAGGGAGCGCGUUAUUCUCACCCAGAAACAGCUGCAAAACAGUCCCAGUAAUGUGGAUGUCCUUGUUCAAAGGGAUCUCGAGUUUGUGGAAGAAAUCCCCGAAAUCGAGCUUAUAAACGAGGAGCUUCUGGAGGAACUUCCGUUGGAGGAGAAGGAACAGUCCCAGCAGGGGCCGCCCCAAGAAAAGAUCGAGGAUCAGAUAGUGCUUCGUAGAAUGCCCACCAAGACCACAUUCACUACUGGCACAUCCGUGAAGUUUGCAGACACAAGUCGACAAAUGCCGCGCACCCAAUGGGACAAGCUCACCGAAGACGAGGUGGUGGCCCUCAAAAGGGAGCGUCGCAAAAGAGAGUGCAUCUGCGAGCAAUGCGGUCGCCAUUUCUCCUGUCCCAGCAACUUUAAACUGCACCUGCUGCGCCAUACGGGCGUGAAGGAAUUCGCCUGCGACCAUUGUUCCCAAAGGUUCUAUACGGCCACCCUGCUAAGGCGCCACCAGGAGCUGCACACGGGCACUGCUCCAUAUCCGUGCCGCUACUGCGACGCAUCCUUCAACAACUCCAGCGGACGCACCCAGCACGAGCGAAUUCGCCAUACGAAUAUCAAGCCGUUCAAGUGCACCGAAUGUGAUAAAAGCUUCGCCAUGAGCGGCAAACUCCGGACGCAUAUGCUCAGUCACACCGGAGUUCGAGCCUUCCAUUGCGAGUCUUGCAAAGUCUCCUUUGUCCGGCGCUCCCAUCUGCUAGUCCACUUCCGUUCCAAGGGCCACGCCAACAAUUCGAGCGCUCAGGAGGAUGCGGACAAGCCUCUGGAACUUGACCUAAACACGGUGCUAGAAAGCGUUAACUAAUCAAUUCUAAUUUCCCCAUGGGAACAUUAAGUUAAGGUAGCUAAGUUUGGUUUAGUUUCGAUCUAGAAAUGAAUGUACAUCGAUAGGAUUAUUGGAAAAGGCGUAUAUGUUGCCUUGCAUUUAUUAAUAGGUAAAUGCCUAUCAGGAAACCUCUGACGAUUUCCAUUUUAUGGAUCAGAUGGAAAAUUUUAAGGAAAACAGGAUCUUAUGAUCUCUUGUCCCUUAAUAUAGACAUUACUGAGAUUAUAAUAAGAGCUUUUCUGCCGACAAAUUGGAUUCUGAUCUGAAUAACUUUUUUUCGGAUUAUGGACACAAUAA